AUGGACAUCUAUCAUAACACAGAUAAAUCUGGGAAUUGUCACCUUGUGGUGACCGACUACCCUGAUGGCCCGUGUCCAGUCUCGUCAGCUGACCGGCUGGCGAUGACGGCGUACCCAAACUUCAAAAAGUCCACGGAGAUCAUCUGUCCAGAGGUGAAGGUUCUGAACAAAGAGUCGGAACAGGCUGAAAAAAAGGUGCCUCGUCAAGCUCCAAAGGGCGAGGCUGGGGCAAUCUACGGGAAAGGUAUGGGCCAGACCACUACCGAUGGCCCGGCAGACGAUGAUGAUGAAAGCGAUGACGAUUGGUUACUUGAUGAUGAGGACGAUGAUGACCGAAGGGAUAACUAUCUUGCUCGCGGAGUUAUCGCUCUCCAGAAUGGGUCAAGACACAGUUACGAAUGGCUGAACAAAAUUACUCGAGGCUACCUUGUGUCAUUUGUUCUACUGUGUGCAUACAUCGGCUACUUCGUUACCGCCUUGUGCUAUGAGUUCGGAAGCGAAGGGUCCAAGCGUCUAGUGGUUUGCACCAUCGUUGGUGUUCUCGCCGUCUUCUCGUCAGCCAUAAGCCGCUUUAUCCGCACCACAGCUUGGAGACUCUACGGCGCAAAGGAGCUGAACGCCAAACAUGAACAUUUGUUGGAGAAGGCCAGGUUUUUUCUCAGAUGGUUUCUAUACGGUGCGUUGGUGGCAGCCAUGGUGUAUUGUUUCAUUGACGAGGGUCGAGAAAAACCAGAGAACCUUCGCUCUCUGCCCGGACUUGCUGUAUUUAUCCUCAUACCCUUGCUUCUCUCCGAGAACCCCGGAAGAAUCAACUGGCACACAGUGAUAUGGGGCAUAGGUCUCCAGUUCCUCUCUGCAGUCUUUGUCCUCAGAUGGGAGACAGGGCGCGACACCAUCAUGUGGGUCCAGGAUCGAUUCCAAGAGUUUUUCGACAACGCGGAUCACGGAUCUAGAUUCCUCUUCGGCGACAGUUACAGGGACCAUUACAUCAUAUUUGGGGCAAUCCCUAUCAUGUUCUUCAUGAACGCGGCACUGACGGUGCUGUAUUACCUGGUCUUCAUGCAGUGGCUCAUCAAAGCCGCAAUCCCUAUCAUGUUCUUCAUGAACGCGGCACUGACGGUGCUGUAUUACCUGGGCUUCAUGCAGUGGCUCAUCAAAGCAGUCGGGAAGCUGCUCAAGUUUGGUCUGGGGACGACCCCCGUAGAGUCAACCUGUGUGGCCACCGGGGUCUUUUUGGAAGGGAUCACGACUAUCAUGGUGCUGAAGCCCUACCUUCCCUCCCUUACCAAGUCGGAGCUGUAUGCUGUCAUUGUGUCCGUAUAUUCUUCCCUUGGCGGAGCCUAUCUCGCCAUCCUUUCAGCCCUGGGAGUGUCUUUAGAGUUUCUCAUCCCCGCCAUGCUCAUCUCCGCACCGGCUACAUUUGCAGUUGCCAAGCUCAUGGUUCCAGAGACGAAAAAAAUAAAAGAUUGUGAAAAGAAAAACGAGGAGAUUUCCAUUGAUGAAAGAGACAAAUACAUCAACGCCAUGGAUGCAGCCCAAACGGGAGCCCUGACCAUGUUGUCCGUUGUUGGGAACAUUUGCGUCGUGCUAUUUGCCUUUUACUCCUUCAUCGCCUGGGUCAACCACACUCUCAGCUGGUUUGGUGAUCGAUACAUCUCCUCCUACCUGCUGUAUCCUGUUGCCCUGGGGAUGGGCGUGGAUCCAGAGGAUUGCAGGAAUGUCGCCAUGUUAUUAGGAUACCGUAUAGGUAUCUACAAUGUCUUCGCGUUCUUCAAGCUUGCUGACAUCAAGGUGAACAAAGUUAAGUACGCUCAGUACAUGCUUGCCACCAACUAUACAGGCCCAGUUACCGAAACACGCGAUGACCUUGUUCUUGAACUGUGGAAUGUCACUCUCAAAGACGGCAUAAUCAGUGUAUAUUUUACUGAUGGCAGCGCAGCGUUUGCUUUGCCUGCAGAAGUUUGA